CCAGAGUUACUGGUAUUCCAGUAUAAUGUCCUUUCUUUUGUAUUUUUAGAUAUUUAAUUGGUGUUUUAUGUUGCAUUAGUUUAUGACUAAUUUAAAUAAAGCCUAUUUAAGUAUUCAUUUAUUUUAAACUAAUUUUAUUUCGUCUUCAGAGAGCGCAUUCACUGUCUAUCCGACACUAAAUAAGAAGAUGAACCUAAAUAGUAAAAUAAUUUAAAGAUUGAGAGAUUGACAUUAGUUGAAUUUGAUAAGAUAUUAAUUUGUUGUUGUUACUAGCUACUUUGGAUCCACAAAACCUCUUCCUUAUUCCCCACUGAACAGUCUCUCGUAUGGCAGCAAUCGGACGUAUUUGCAUGCAGAGAAGACAAUGCUUUCUUUUCUUUUCAUCAUAAAUUACUAUGUUGUUAAGGAUGUAAACAGGACAAACACUCUUUCUAAGUUUACACUGUAAAAAAUAUUAACCUAAAAUCAGUUAUCCAAAAAUGGUAACAUCUGCAUUGACUCAGAAAUACAAUUUAACCUGAAUAUAUUUGGAAUGCUCAUACACCAAGUAUUUUUAAGGAUCAGAUUAUAAGUAUAAACCGUGCUUGCCUUCACUUUUUACAGUGUAGCAGGGAUUUUUUAUUGACAGUGGGUUUCCUUAAAUUUAGUAAAUAAAAAUAUUUAAAAAAUAUAAUUAAAUUAAAUGGAUUGUUCCCUUUUGAAAGGUAUUCUCAGUCUCCACAUUGUGCUCAGACCUCUUUAGUGUCAUCCCAUGGGAUCUUGUUAAAAAUGUAGGCUUUAAAAUGACCAUCAUGACAAUAUUACAGAAGAGCUUACCAAAGAGAAUUAAUGAUUACAAGAAUAGUACCAUUAGUUCAAUUAAUUAGACGGGCCAGCUAAAAUAUUUAAAUCUCAACGCAGCUUUGAAGAAGUAGGACAUUGCCAAAGGCUUCUUCUCCCUCCCACCGUGUCUGAUGUCUGCCAGUGAUGGUGUAAAUGAGAGAAAAAAAAAUCAUUAAGGGAAUUUGCUCAUUCAAUACACAGAGCUUUCAAUAAGUUAGUAUUACACAUAUCCUACUGUACACAGAAUAUCCAAACUGACUUUUUAUUUCUAUUAAAGUGUAUAGGAAUAGUAAAGCAGAUAAAGCAUUGUAAUGUGUUAUAUAAAACACAAACCUAGCGCUUCACACUACAGCUAACUCUACAGUUUAAACCCAAAGACCACUUUUAACCGUGGGUUAUGAAACUUUCCUUUCGAGGCGUCAAAGUGAAACAACAUGCUGCUUGAAUGUAAUGGGCUCAACAUUACCCAGAACACCAUGAUCAUGGAUUCAUCAAGUCCGGCAGAGUUCUACGAGGACAACGCUUCACUGCUGUCCUUAGACUCCAGCGUAUUCUUCAGCGAGCCCGCACUGCCGAGUGACGAUCCACUGGAUUUCUUCAUUAUAAAUGUCGGAGGCAGCCGCUAUAUCCUCUCUCAGGAACUGUUGGCCUCUCACCCAGAAACUCGCCUGGGCAAGCUGGCCCUCUCCAAUCGAGACUCUGCUUUAGACCUGUGCGACGAUGCAGAUUUCUUGGAGAACGAGUUCUUCUUUGACCGCAACUCACAGACCUUCCAGUACAUCAUGAACUUCUACAAGACAGGUCACUUACAUGUGCGAGAGGAGCUAUGCGUGAUCUCGUUCCUUCAGGAGAUCGAGUACUGGGGCAUCGAUGAGCUCCGCAUAGACAGCUGUUGCAGGGAUAAGUACUACCGCCGGAAGGAGAUGAAAGAGACGUUGGAUGUUAGUAAUGAAGCUGAGAUAAUGGACAAUGAGGAGGAGGACUUCACCGGAGCUUUGUGUCAGGACUUACGUCAGCGCCUCUGGGACCUCAUGGAGAAGCCGGAGUCCUCCAAGGCGGCCAAGACUUUUGGGACGCUGUCCAUGUUCUUUUUGGUGGUGUCCAUCGUGAACAUGGCUUUGAUUUCGCUGGACUUCACUAUACUUGGUGCACCUAUCAUCUUGGAUGUUCUUGAGUACAUUUGUAUUAUUUGGUUCACCGGUGAGCUGGUACUCAGGUUCAUGUGUGUCAGAGAUAAGUGUAAGUUCAGCAGGAGUGUGGUGAAUAUCAUUGACCUGCUGGCUAUUCUGCCCUUCUAUGUGACUCUGGCUGUGGAAAGCCUUCAUGGAGAAUCUACGGAGCUGGAGAACGUUGGACGGGUAGUUCAGGUGCUGCGGCUAAUGAGGUCACUCAGGAUGCUUAAACUUGGCCGACACUCCACAGGUCUCAAGUCUUUGGGCAUGACGAUCGCCCAGUGCUACGAGGAAGUUGGCCUCCUGAUGCUGUUCCUUUCUGUGGGCAUCUCCAUCUUCGCCACAGUGGAAUACGCCAUCGAACACGACAUGCCGGAGACCACUUUCACCAACGUGCCCAGUGCCUGGUGGUGGGCCACCACGUCCAUGACCACAGUGGGGUACGGAGACAUCCGUCCAGAUACGGCUCUAGGAAAGGUGAUGGCCUUCAUCUGCAUCCUCUCUGGCAUUCUCAUCCUUGCGCUGCCUAUUGCCAUCAUCAACGAUCGUUUCUCUGCCUGCUACUUCACGCUUAAAAUGAAGGAAGCGGCGUUGCGGCACGGAGAGGCACUGAAGCGACUGACACGCAGCUCGGCCUCGGAUAUGUCGGCGAUAGGGGUGAACCUGCGGGACGCCUACGCCAGAAGCGUGCUGGAGAUGCUGCGGCUGCAGGGGCGAGAGCGAGCCAGCACACGCAGCAGUGCAGGAGAUCUCUGGUGGUAACAGUAGGCCUGCAAGCUGCAGGAGAGAGAGAGAGAGGUUUUGUUUUAUUUUAAGGAACAGAAAACCUUUAAAGGGGUAAUAUCAUAAGGAAUCAAAAUUUUCUUGAUCUUCAUUUUGCCUCAAAUUAUAAUUUACUAAAAUCACACUCAUGUUUCUGAUGUCACGAACCUGCAAUUAAUUCCUAACUUUGCAAUCCUGUAACAAUCUAAUAAAGCUGUUGCUCAUUUUCAUACAAAUGGGGCAUUUCUUAAAGUCACGAUGUAACAGAAGUAGCGACAGAUACUGGCUGUGUCCGAAAACUUAGGCCUUACUGUUUUAUGAGGUAUUGACUUUGUAGGCAGCAUUUGCGCACAAAGGUACUUCACGAAACUGAUUUUGGACAGACUUCUGAGGCAGCAUAACAGUUUAAUGAUCUACAGCAAAAUAGAGUGAGCUUUGGUGAUAGCUAAGUGAAUAUUUAAUUACUACAAUAGUAAUUUCUUUAUAGAAAUGACAUCAGAAGUGGAAAACAUUGGUUAAAAAUGUACAUUUAAAAAAAACUGACUACCAACCGCAACUUUCAGACGCCAUCUUUAUUUUUUGCAGUAUGUAAUAUUGACAGCUAGUGGUUGAAAUGGGUUCAAAAUAUUGGAGAGAGCUGUUUGCCCCGAUCCCUCCUCAGACUUGACAGUCACACGGGUUGCCAGAUUGAGCACAUGAAACACAAACGAGCGCAAUUGACAAUGGAAGGCGACAAGCCUGACAUUGUAAGUUAAUUAACUGAUUUUUCUGCGUUUUAAUAUGCCUCUGGAUAAUGGAGCUUUUUAGCUUUUUGGAUGCCGAGGCUUUUUAGGUCGGGAAGAAUCUGUGAUCUCUGACCCAGUUCGUUUGUUGGCUUUCAUGGCUGCAAUACGCUGUAUUUUGCUGCCUGCCAUCUAUGCUGCCUUCAAAAAUCAAUCAGAUGAAGGUAUCUCAGGAGACAGGAAGUAAAGCUAACAAUGGAUUCGAAUGUGCCUUGAUGCCUUCCUUCCUUGGAAUGCAUCCUCCAAAGGCAGCAUUUUUAAGAUUUCGGACACAGCCAUUUUCUUCCACACUGUGACAUACAUCCGUGUAAAACGGAUUAUUAGGACAAAAAAAACAAUGUAUGGCAGAGACUUGAUUCUAUCCAUCAGUUGUUGAUUGGAUAAAGGCUGAUUUGAAUGUGAGCUUGCAGUCGAUUGAGAGAAAGAGGUGGGGUUUAAGUAAAAAAAAAUGUUGAAUAUAUGUGGGAUGAAUAUAACAAUAAGCUCAAUAACAUGGAUUUAGAACAUUUAUUUUUGAUGCAGACUUUAAAGACAGCAACAGUAAAAACAGACCAUUUAACAAAGGGUCAAAAAAGGUCAUACUGUUAUUAUAAAUUGUAAAAAUGUAACAAUGACUAUAAAUUGUUAUUGUAAUUUUUUUUUCUUUUUUCAAAAAACAUGACAACGAACCUCAGGCGGAAUUUAAAAAAAACAAACAAACGUAUAAUAAGACUUCUUUUAAGGUGAUGCACGUGAUUUAUGCACCACUACUGGCAAAAAAACUGAACUGCAAAAAUAAAGAAUUUACUCAAACAGGUUACCCAAACAGUGUCAUUGGUUGGACAACAGUUAGCCCCACCCCAAACCCACACCAUUGGUUGAAUCAGUGUUGCUAUGCUGCUCAAAACAACCAUAGCCAUUCUGAAAGCAGCACAAAGCCAAAGUGUUUACACGUUUUGACUGAAUCAACCUACAAAUGACUUUAAGCACAUUAAUGCACAUUGAGAAGUAUUCUAGGAGAAGUAUUUUAACAUGAAAUUACGCAUCAAAAUGAUUUUUCAAAAUUGCUACAUGUCUGUUCUGUUUAUAUUUGUGCAACUCAUUGAUUGUUUGUAAUGUAAGUAGUUUUUACUGUUCCAUCUGAAGACAUGUAAUAAAAUCUUUGUCUCAA